CUCGACUCUUUUCCCCAUAUCUAUUAAUCUUUAUCUAUCCCUAAUCCAUCUAUCGCUUGCUUGCUUUAAACCAGAUCGCUGAGGUGCGCGCGCAAUAAUACCCUACAUCUACUACAUCAUCCAGUUGAAAGACGCCCUACGCUUUCUAUUGAAUGCCAAUUGCGGGUCCUUUGUCUCUUAACAAUUUUUUUUCUCUUAUCUGCCAUUGUACCAACACAUUGGGCUACAAUAUUGAUCUACUUUUACUAGCGCCUUGUCGCCUAAUCGAUUCUCGAUCUUGCUUAUUCUGCACAGAUCCACAACCACCCGAGGCUACUACACACCUUCGUGGCCUGCACUUAAUCCUCAUCUCUUUGAUGCAGGAUUUCAACUGCACACGCACUCCAAGGCCAAAGAGCAAGGCUUUGUCGCCUGUUGUCUAAUUGGUGGCCCUUUCUUGACGCGUUGGAUACUCGAUUCAAAAGGAAGAGACAAAGAUCAUGACCUCGGCGCGUCCUGCGUCGGUUGCACAGGCUUCUACGGAAGCGUUGACUCUUCAUAAAGACCCUCCUCCCAAGUCACAGCCUCGUCUCGAGCCCUCGCUUCUGCCUUUGCAACCUAUUGAGAACAACUCAACAACUCGAGAAUACAUCCUGGAUCCGCCCUCAUCAAAGUAUCAAAGGCCAUCUCCAACAAAAGCUUCACGCGAGAUUGGUACUUCGCAUUCAGGCCAGGGCAAAUUGGGUUUCGUCCCGAUAACUGCUCCAAACCCACCUAUGUUCACCACAGAUUCACCUACCAAGAAGACCCCCUUGGGCGCAAACCCACAUCCUACGUCGUCCUCUGCACCAACAACAUCAUCAAUGCCGCAAUCUGCCCUGUUCACCACAUUCUCUAGCAUCAACCCCGGGGAAUCCUCGCCAAACGAGAAUCGAAUCGCCAAUGAUCUUCCCAAUGAUAAUUUCGCGGAUUUUCCCGAACCCUCGUAUGGAAACAAAGUUCCCUUGAGAAGGACGCUCUUGGAGGCUGCGCCGCUGAAAGAACGAUCGAUCAAGAAGCCUAAAUCCGAAGAUACCCCAGCAAUGCGUCUACCUGAGCCUGAAGAUAUGCCACCGAUCGAAGAUGAUGGCACAAAGCCUCCGUACAGCUAUGCGACGCUAAUUGGGAUGUCGAUUCUUCGAGCGACUAACCGGCGGUUGACUCUGGCGCAGAUUUACAAAUGGAUUUCGGAUACCUUUUCCUACUACAAGAACAGUGACCCCGGUUGGCAGAACAGUAUUCGCCACAAUCUGAGUCUGAACAAGGCGUUCAUCAAACAGGAACGGCCCAAGGAUGACCCGGGAAAAGGAAAUUACUGGGCGAUUGAACCUGGCAUGGAGGCGCAAUUUCUCAAGGACAAGCCCUUGCGUCGCGCUACCAUGUCCAGUCUUCCCCUCCCUGCAGCUCCUCAAAGGGAGUCGGCGUCCCACCCCCGGAACUCCAGCAUGGCAUCAUGGGUAGUUCCGCCACCCCCUAGCCAUCAUCCACCUCAGAAGGUAUCUUCUAAGAAUGUCGACUUGUCUUCGGAUGCUACUUUGCCUGCCUCCGACCCAGCCCUUCAAGACGACACAGGUGACGAAGGCACCAAUACAGCAGCGCUGCGGGCUCUCCCACCUCGGUCCUCUCCUCCCCAGCCCAUCCAUUCAUCUCCCCCAGUUGCUCCGCCUCGGUUCUCCCGUCAAGGUACCCCUCCUUCUCCGUCUCAAACCGCCGCGUCUUCUGCAGCUGGUCCGCGUUCGAAAAAACGCAAAUCGGCUGCGAUGAACGACAGUGGGUAUUUCUCGUCUUUGGAGUCAUCAGCAAUGCGGCCGAACAAGACUGGACAUAUCUUGACCUCCGACCUGGACAUUGAGCCGCCUCGUAUCAAGCGCGGUCGUGCAGAGGAAGAGAUCGCGCGAAUUCGCAGUUCAUCUCAUGACAUCAGUCCAAACAAUUCUGGUCGCACCAAGGAUUCCGGAGUGGCUGCCGGCUCAUCACCGAUUCGUGGAGACUAUGUGAGCAUGCUGCCGCCCCCUCUCACGCCUGUGAUUAAGUUUAAGAAGCCAGCGAAACCGCCACCGUCGGUCUCUCCAAACACCAACCUUCGAAACCACCGUAGGAAGAUUCAACAAAUGGUCAAUUCCCCUAUCAAACAAUUGGGCCUCACGGAUGAGGACCUGCCAUGGAGCCCAGCAUUCAACAUCCAGGACGAAGCAUUCACACCGAACGAAAAUUUCCACUCCACUUUUGAUGUUUUUGCCGAUUCCGGAGUGGACAAUAUCUCCACGCCAGCCCGUGGAUCGCCGGAGAAGCGCUCUGCGAAGCGUGCUCGCUUGGAGGGCGGAGGAUCCGGCGGCAAUGCCCUUGCCGAUAUCACUUCCAUGAGCGUCAACAGUCGCAUGGGUGCAACAUCCCUAUCAUCACAUAAGUCUAAAGGCCUGCUCUUUGAUUCGCCAUCCAAAAUGCCAGACCCUAGUCGUUUCAUUGAUGCCACUCAUGACGAUUUCUUUUCAUUCCAUCUUUUUGAUGAGAGCCCGGGAGAAGUGGAUGGUGUCGAUCUUCUACAGGGUUUCCAAAAAAUUGGAGGUGCCAGUAAAGAGGAGCCAUCUAAGAUCAAAUCACACAUAUCAAGACCAAACUUCACUUCCCGAAGCAACACCUCGUUGUUUUGAGCUAAAUUGUUCCAGUUGGAUACCGGCAGAGCGAUGUUGCUCUUUCUCUUCCGUCUUUUCAGGUGCAUUCUGAAUUGGGCUCUGAACCAAGUACUAUGACGUGCAAGUUUCUUUGGUUCAAUCAACUGCUAUUCCAUAAGAUUUUAUCCUUUUUGUGACUUUUGAGGCAUAUGGUGUUUUGUUCAAAUUGAUUUUGGGCUGGUUUUCUGCGCUUGUUUCCCUCCCACUUGCGUUCGUUUCUGGAGUUCGUUGGGCUUAGGUAAGAUCUGGAGUCGGCUCUGACUUGAAAACCGUGUUUGGGAUGACUUUGCUAUGACCUUAUGACAAUAUCUGUUAAGAUGUACACGAACUUGUAAUGUUUUGUCCUGAUUUCAUAUUUUAUUUUUUUUUGCAUUGCCUUGAUAGUCCUGGUUGGCCGAGU